AUGGAGUCGCUUCAACAAGGGCCCGCCGCCACCUCCCGAGACCAGGAAGGCCUCAAGAUAUGGAGCUGCGUCACCUGCCGCCGCCGCAAGGUCAAGUGUGACCGCCGCGACCCGUGCGCCAACUGCGUCCGCAACGGCAUCGAGUGCCACUUCCCCGUCACCGGCCGCCUCCCGCGCCGCAGCCGGGACCCUACCGGUGCCUUUUCAGCCAUAACGUCGUCUUCUAACCGACAGGUGGAGCUUCUCGGUCGCCUGCGACGCCUGGAGGACCUUGUGACGGAGCUGAGCGGCCAGCUCGAGGACGGGAGCCUGCCGCCGACGAGGCAGCUACAACUGGGGGCACUGUCUUCCGGGUCAUCGGCAUCGGCGGGCAAGACGCCUCUGACUGGAAACGAAGAAAUGUAUGAGGACUUUGGCAGGCUGGUGGUCGAUCAGGGCGGGAGACCGCGCGUGGAUAGGGGCUUCUGGUCCAUCUUCUGUGACGAGGUGGAACACAUAUUCGAAGCCAUCCAAGACGUAUCGGACGAGCCCCAGCCAGCAGUGCGGCAGGCGAGUUCCGUGGACGAUGGAUCUACCCAGGACCAUUGUCACGGAUACCUGCUCGGCAACCCAUGCGCUUCUACAGCCGAGGAGGACCUGUACCCCUUACCCUCACAAGUGCCAUUUCUGUGGAACACGUUCGUGCAGAAUGUCGAUCCCUUCAUCAAGGUACUCCACGUCCCGACCGUGGAGUCCGUCAUCAGCCAGACCAAGGGCAAACUCGACUCUCUCGGCCCGGGCGUUGAGGCUCUCUUGUUCUCCAUCUGCCUCGCCGCCAUCGUCUCUUUGGACGGAGAUGAAGUAUCAGACGCCUUCCGAGUCUCGCGAGGCGAGAUGAUAUCUCGCUUCCGGCUAGGCGCGGAGAGGACCCUCGGGCGCGCGCGGUUCGCAACGACGAGGGACGUGCAAGUCAUUCAGGCUCUCGCCAUCUAUCUGUCCAUCCUUCCGUAUAUCGACUCCGCGCAGCUGGCCUCCAACUUGACGGGAGUUCUUAUGCGAAUCGCCACCUCUAUGGGAUUGCACAAGGAUGAUCUGGAUGGAGAGCAGCCGAACAAGGUCUCGGUGGUCGAGAUGGAAACGAAUCGGCGACUCUGGUGGCACAUUUGCUUCAUCGAGUCCCGGGGCGUGGAUCUGGGCGUGCCCGGGAUUGGUAUUUCGGAAGCUGCAUUCACCACUCGAACUCCGAGCAACAUCGAUGAUCAAAAGAUCCCCUACACCUCCGGUACUGCCUUUGCCGGGGGAGAGCUACGCCCAUCACCAACGGCGCUGGCCGUCAUCCGCUGUGAAAUCUGGCAGCUUCGCAGCACCCUCCGCAGCCGACCCGACGAUACACUAGCCCUACAGCUACAAAUGGCUCAUGACUCGAGGGCAAGAAUCGCGGGCUUGUAUCCGUUUACUCCCCGCUCGGACGAUGCAUUCGUGUCGUUUCUGCAGACCAUCACGGGCCUAUUCUUCGCCAAGGUAGAAAUGGAGAUUUACAGACAGCAUCUUCUCAGGGGCCCCGCGGACGCAGGAGCCGCCGCAAGUACACGGAGCCAGUUUUUCACCUCGUCUGUGGCCGUCAUCGACGCCACGCGAGAACUCGAGACAAACCCAGCCUGGCAUAAGUGGCGGUGGCAGCUCCGGGGCCGCUUCCCGUGGCGAGCCGUAGGUUCUAUCUUCAUCCAGCUAUGCCAGCUACCGUGGACGCCGGCCUCGGAGCGGGCGUGGGAUCUGGCGCGGGGACUGUUCGAAGGCCUUCCUGAGGGGGCGAGGAGGGACGCGCAGUGGCGGCGCCUGAACGAGCUGGCGGCCAAGGCGGCGGCGCACCGUGAGAAACUGGUGGAGGACCGGGCGGCGGCGCGUGAGACUGGUCUGGAUUGGAACUUGCUGCAGGUGGAUGAGGCCGCCGCUUCGCAGCCAGAGGUCGAGCGCUUCGUUAUCCAGGACGCGUUUGGACGACAUCCCGUAUCAUCCGCAGCCGAUGAAGCUGUGGCGAGGGUCAUGAGCCCUGUGGACAAUCGAGCCAACGCGGGCGAAGAGAGAGCCUUGCAGCAAGGAUGGGAGGCUCAAGCCAAGGCUCCGCCGGGCUUCGAGACCCAGACGUCGUCGUUUAUUCGGGGCGUGCUGGAGGAGACUGCGGCGGCUGACUGGGAGAGGGACGUGUACGCCAUCGACGGUGCGCUGAUUGACUGGCCCGACUGGGAUGAUGGGACCGACGUGGACAUGUUUUGA